UUUCAUUAGUCUGGUUUCUCUAGAAGGUGUGUUGCUGCCUGCAUUUCUGGGAAAGAACCCUCACAAGUGUGGAAAGAAAGGGCUUGCCACAGGUUUGGGCUUCUAGGGACCUUUCUCUUCAGGAAGGAUUUUAAUGUUCAUCAGAAAUACCUCCAGAGAACUCAAGAAGCUGUGGAGGUGAAGUAAGCCCGUGAAGAAUCAGAAUGGGAAUCCUGUACUCCGAGCCCAUCUGCCAGGCAGCCUACCAGAAUGACUUGGGUCAAGUGUGGCGCUGGGUAAGAGAAGACAACUGCAAUAUCAACAUUCAAGAUGGCUUCAACGGAGACACCCCCCUCAUUUGUGCUUGCAGACGAGGGCACGUGAAAAUUGUUUCCUUCCUCUUAAAAAGGAAUGCUAAUGUCAACCUCAAAAACCAGAAAGAGAGAACCUGCUUGCAUUAUGCUGUGAAGAAAAGAUUUACCUUCUUUGAUUAUCUGCUCAUUGUCCUCUUGAUGCCUGUCCUGCUUAUUGGGUAUUUUCUCAUGGUAUCGAAGACAAAGCAGAAUGAGGCUCUUGUGCGAAUGCUCCUUAAUGCUGGCGUCCAAGUUGAUGCUAAAGACUGUUAUGGCUGCACUGCAUUACAUUAUGCCUGCAAAAUGAAAAACCAGACUCUCAUCCCACUGCUCCUGGAAGCCGGUGCAAACCCCAUGAUAAAGGACAAGAAUGGUGAAAGCUCACUGGAUAUUGCACAGAGAUUAAAAUUUUCCCAGAUUGAAUUCAUGCUAAGGAAAGCAUUAUAAUCCUGCGACCUCAGAGAUAGAGAUACCAACAAAGUUAAAGGACUGCGUUCUGUCUCCAUCUUGGACUACUGGUCUGUGCCAUUCCACCUGGGAACCUUGACUUAAUGGGACAACGAUGACUGCCAUAGUUAAUGUUUCUGAAGAGCCUUUCAUGUAUAAUAUUUUUUACUCAGCAGAGUAUACCAUGGCCACCAUUCUUCUAGGGAAAACAUUAAAGUUGUUGGUGUCUCCAAUUUUGCCCAAAACUGAUAUUUCAAACUCAGUUUCUCCUGAGGAAGAUCAUCAGUGUUAUUUGAGGUAGAGUCCUCUCCUCCCAGUCGUGUCAGGCUUGUGAAGAGUCUAUCCUGUCUAUCUCAUGCACUAAGAGACAAAUUGUUCCUCUCAGGUUCCUUUAACUACCAAGAGGAAGAAUCAAAGUAUGUACAUUUGUAUAGAACUGUGUAAAUGUGUGUGUGGCGGAGCAGUUUAGAGAGUCCAGUGUAAACAUUCCUUGGAUCAAAACAACUUCAAUAAAAACACCUCUCAGUUGUCA